AUGCAUCUGAACUUGGUGGGUAUUUAUCAUACUUCUGGGUUAAAGUUCUAUCAAGACAAGAAAAACUGGUUUCCUACAGAAUAUCACUAUUGGGUGACACUUCUGUUAAAUCUUUCAGAAAAGCAAGAUCCUGGAGAGCGAUUUGACUCCGCGCUUCGUCUGAGUAAUGCAGCCAUGUCAAAAACGACAACCGGUCAGAUUGUAAAUCUUUUGUCAAACGAUGUGAAUAAAUUUGAUCAGGUGACUAUUUUCUUGCAUUUCUUAUGGGCUGGACCCCUUCAGGCAAUAGCUGUGACUGUCCUUUUGUGGCUUGAGAUUGGCCCGUCCUGCCUUGCAGGGAUGGCGGUGCUGAUUAUUCUUCUUCCCUUGCAAACCUGCAUGGGCAGGCUCUUCUCAGCUCUGAGGAGCAGGACUGCAGCUUUCACAGACGCAAGGAUCAGGACUAUGAAUGAGGUUAUAACUGGAAUGCGAAUAAUAAAGAUGUAUGCCUGGGAAAAGUCAUUUGCUGAACUUGUGAACAAUAUGAGAAGAAAGGAGAUUUCAGUGGUUCUUAAGACUUCUUACCUCCGGGGAAUGAACUUGGCAUCCUUCUACAUUGCCAGCAAAAUCACAGUAUUUAUGACGUUCAUGACCUACGUGUUGCUGGGCAAUCCGAUUUCAGCGAGUCGGGUGUUUGUCGCUGUCUCUCUGUAUGGUGCAGUGAGGCUGACAGUCACUCUCUUUUUCCCGGCAGCCAUUGAGAAAGUGUCUGAAGCAUUGGUCAGCGUUAGACGAAUCAAGAACUUUCUAAUCCUUGAUGAAGUUUCUCAGUUCAGACCACAACUCAAAAGUAACAGUGAAAAUCCUAUCCUUAAUGUACACCAUUUAACUUGCUCCUGGGACAAGGGUAAGGAGGUAGGGAAAGGUACCUUCUCAGACUUUCUUAAAUCUGGAAUAGAUUUUUCUUCUCUUUUGAAAAAAGUUGAGGAGGAUGAUCAACCAUCAUCUCCAGGAACACCCAGCCACCAGCUGACUAGGAUCCGUACAUUUUCUCAGUCUUCCUUGUGGUCGCUGGACUCUUCAGUUCAGUCACAGAAAGAUGGAACUGCUGGAUCACCAGCUAUGGGACCAGUCCUAACUGCACUGCCUGAAGAAAGUCGAUCAGAAGGAAAAAUUGGCUUUACUAUUUAUAAGAAGUACUUUUCUGCUGGCGCAAAUUAUUUUGUAAUUUUUAUACUUUUAGUUCUCAAUAUUUUGGCACUGGUUACUUAUGUGCUUCAGGAUUGGUGGCUUUCUUACUGGGCAAACCAGCAAGUAAUGCUAAAUAUCACUAAAAUGGAAUAUGGUGGGCAAAAUAUCACAGAAACUCUGGAUCUUCCCUGGUAUUUAGGAAUGUAUGCAGGUUUAACCGUGGCUACAAUACUUUUCAGUAUACUGAGGAGUCUACUUAUGUUUCACAUUUUGGUUAACGCAGCUCGGACUUUACAUAACAAAAUGUUUCAGUCAGUUCUGAGAACUCCA